ACCACGAACUCCCACUCAAAUAACAUUUAAAAUAGAUAAAAACCAUUGUAUUCAUUGUAAAUGCUAAGAGAAGCUGUAAAUUUUAUUGUGUUUUAGUUUUUGUGUAAAAUGUGAAUAAAAAUGAAGUGCUCGUAUAGUCAUUAAAAGUUGAAUCAAAUCAUAUGUUUUGAUAAUGGAGGAGCUGCUUCAAGAUAUAUUCAAAGAGGCAACGGGGCCAAAACUAGCCGCGCUGAGAAAAUCAUGUCAGGAUGCUCUAGAGAUCCUCUGUAUCCAAGAGAGCAGCGCCCGGCGGCAGUCGUACGAGCUGCGGCGCGCCUGUCUGCUGCCGCUGCAGGUGGCGCUCGAGACAAAGCGGCCCAGGCUCGUCAGCUUCGCGCUCCAGGGCUUCCAUAAAAUUCUGCGCGAUGACAGAUUCCACCGCGGCAUCGAGCCGGAGGACGACUCGCUGUGGAUGCCGUCGCAGCUGCUCUGCGCCACAGCGUCCGUCAUGUACCAGCUACCAGACACGCAGGUGCAAAUAUUCCGCAUGUACCUCUCUCUGGCGUUAUCCCCACGACGCACGCUCAACGGUCGGCUUUGCGUUUGGGCUUGCGGCCGCUGCGGGGAGGCCGCCGGCGCCGCGCCGCACGUAGCGGCCGCUGCCAGGGCUGCAGCCGCCCAGGCCUUGCGGGCCUACUGCGCACAACUGGAUGAAGAAUGCCAAGAGCUCCUGUCCGAAGGCUCGCCACUCGGCCGGAACCAUAUUGUAGCAGUGGGGUGCUACAGCGAAGUUAUACCGGUCAUACAGUACUUAUGCAGCAGGCUCUCCGAAACUCAACUCGUGCCAAAGCAGAAUCCGCUAGCUCUGUUCUUCCUGGACUGCCUGCUGACGCUCAUUUCCAGCCUAUCGGAGCGCGUGAGUGGGAAUUCCCACUUCACGACGUUCCUCUGGCAGAAGUUCUGCCCCUCGCUGAUAUCGUUCCUUGGUACUCCUAGGGUGGAUAAGAAUAUUAAAUCCAGGGAACACGAAGGCCACUUAGUGGACGACUCCGGCAGAGGCUCGGGCGCUCUGAACAGUGCGCCGAGCUUCAACAGUAAACAAGCCAAAGCUAUUUACAGCAUAGCCAACCAGCUAGUCCGCCUAGUGGGUUCUACAUCGAACCUGCGUCCAGUAUUAGAAGCACUCUAUCACAGAAUGCUUCUCUACCCGCCGGUGGCUCACCGCGUCGAGCCUCUCCGAAGUGCCAGGGAGCUGCUCCAUAACCCCAAGAGACUGGUCCAACUGGUUCUGCUGAAGAAGACUGAGCAUCCUGAGAGGCAUAGUGAUGAUAUGGCCAUCAUCAGAUUAAUCAUGGACGGUAUUGAAGACUGUGGCCGCAGCGGCAGCCCAGAAGUGGUGGGAGCGGCUGUUGAAUGCGUCGUCUCCUUACUGGAUGCCUUGGAGAAGCUCUGCUCAGGCUCUGGAGAAUAUGUCCCGCCAGAGUUAGCAGCGUUGAUGCUACAGCAUUGGCCAAAGCUACAAGACGCCGAUUACACUGGGCCACUUACGUACCAGACUUUGGCCAGGCUUCCAAGCCCGUACAGAGAUGUGGUUGCUGUGCUUCAAAGCUCUGAAGACAAAGACGAUUCUUCAGAUACUUCAGGGCCGGAGAAUGCGACGUCCGGCAGUGACGGCGAAGCGGAUUCGGAUGCCGAUAACGUGUUUCUUCCCGCGCGAGCCAACAAUCCCACGUCGCCGCCGGGAUCUGACGGAGAACAUAUUGAGAAGACCAAGUCGGUGCCUAAGACGUUGAACCUUGGCAGGUGCACAAUAACAGAAUGCAAUGUGGAUCUGGAGCGACAUAACGCGAGGCAAUUUGUAAAGACAUUACAAAACUCCCUGCUUCCGAAACUGUUGAAUUUGAGGACUUGCAUUGAGGUGGACGAAGCAAUGCAAGAAUUCGCAUCCAAGUGCUGCCAGCACAACGCGGCUCAACCUCCAGCCACCGCUUGCAUCAUGAACGCAGACGGAGUUUACUUGGCUACCUACGCUGCGCUGUUGCUCUGCUUGAAGCAGCGGAGACUUGAUUACUACACGGCGAAUGACAAAUCGCAAGUAUCCAUGACGGAAGACGAGUUCGUGGAGGGAGUUCAAGGCAGCGGCGUGCUGGUAUACUUAUCGGCCACAUGGCUGCGCGAGCUGUAUCAACAAGUGCUGGCUGCAGACCUGCUCCAACAUGUUCCUAGCACUGAACACCCGCUAGUGCAUCUGCUAUCAGAUCUUGGCGGGUUAGACCAGAGCCCCGUGAUGUCGGACUGGCAAAAGCUGAAAGAAGUAUCGAUGCUCUACAACAACAUUAACGAGUCUCCACAGCACCAGGCUAGUCUUCGUUGGGCAAGAAGAAUAUUGACAUGUAUAUGGGAAUCUAUGGUGACGGUACUGAGCGUGCCACUCACUGGCAAUAGGAAGGGGAAGCAAAACCUGCACGGAAUGAUAUCGAAGAAGAUCAACACGUUUGGGAAGAGAAAACGGAUUGCGUGGGAAGGACUGAGCAUCCAAUGCCUUGAAGGACUACAUAAGGCGGCUCGUGUGAGCAACACGCUGAGCCUACAAAACCGCUGUAGCAGCAUUUUGGCAUUGCUGGCUGCAUCGGCCGCCUCGCAGCCGCCGCACGGGAAGAUUCUCUCUACCCACGCGCUUUCACUCGACAUACUAAUCACUGGUGGUCUUGAACUCGGCUCCAAAGCGCCCGAGUGCUGGGAGCAUAUCUUCGCAGCGUGCCAAUACGUAUCAAGUCUUGAACAUGCGCUAUUCGGGCAGCAAGCUCACGGUGCCGCACCACUACUGGCCAUGCAAACGGGACGCAACAAGACCGUAUCAGUCUUGCAGGCUGAUGCGAAGCUGGCAUUAGAUGGAAGGGACGAUGAGACUUGUGUGGACGUGUUUAACUUCCUGCAACCGGUGCUCGAGACUAAUCUGAACCACGACAUGUCUGUGUCAAAAAUCGUUGAAACUUGCCGACAAGAACAGGGAGGAACAGUAAUAACCGGGGCGGGAGCGGCCAGGGUCUGCUGUGCCCUGUCUUCAGCCGCGGACGCGUUAUUUAGCCGUUUAGCUGCCACCACCACGCUGCCCACGCUCAAGGCAGCGUUGGAGCGACUUAUAGCACACCAACAUCGACUGUUGUUCUCCUCCCGGGAUGCGGACUACGCAAACAACAACGCUUGGUGGCGGCGCGGUAGUAACAGCGGGGGAAGCGGUGGCGGGGGCGAGGCGUUACGUGCGCUGUGCCGCGGUGGUGACGUAGCACUGCGCUGCCUACGCGCCGCGCGUCCAUUGGCGCACCGCAUGGCCAUAUGGACGGUAGUUGGACCGCAUUUUAUGCAGGCGGCGUGUCACAAAGACAUCCAAAUCUCCAGCCUCGCCAUCCAGUGCCUUCACGACUGCGCCACGGCGCUCCUGAAUCAACAGGUAGAGCUACCUCACUUCCACUUCAAUGAGGCUCUACUAAAACCCUUCGAGAAUCUGCUCUGUUUGGAGCUAUGUGAUGACGACAUACAGGAACAAAUCAUAUCAUGCAUCUGUGAAUUUGUAGAAACAAACAGAAUGGAAAUCAGAUCUGGCUGGAGACCACUAUUCAAUACCCUUCGGGCAGCAAACAACUCCAAUCAAUACUCAGCCAUUCUGGAAAUCUUCAAAGUGUUCCUCAGUACGGAUAACACUCUGGUUUUUGCUAACGCUGCUCUUGACUGCAUCCUGUGCCUUCUCAGUCACAUUAAGGGACUUCGCGUAGACGAAAUCCCAGUUGCAAGUGAAGUGAAACCUAAAAAGACGAUGCCUACUCAACCAAAACCAAGUCUCAGUCUCAAAUUCUCGAAGAACAGUAAAUUCAUACCGCUACCUGAGGAAAAAACUGAAAAAGUUAUCGUAGAUAUGUGCAGAGAAGCACUAUAUCAUCUAGAGAGUUGUGCUGAAAUAUUAACAAUGAUGUAUAACAUGCCAAAGUGUCCUAUUUUCAAUACAGGAAAUAGAAUCAAAGGGGAUCUUCCACUAUCAGUAGUAGAUCCUAUUAUACCAAGUGGAUCGCUGGAUAUUACAAAAUACAUUAUAAAUGAACCUUGUGAGGAAGAACCGAUAUCGUAUAAAAGGCUGUCAACAACUUUACCACUUUCCAAUACAACAAACAACUGCCUCCUAAAACUAGAUAGGCCCAGCAACAUUCUUAAAGUGUGGUACGUUCUAAUAGAAGGAUUAGUCUCAGCUACUGUUGUGUGUUCGAAGAAAAAUCAACCUGCAGCCAUGGAAACGCUGUUCAAAAUUCUAAGAAAUGCCAUAGAUGUUCCCGGGCCGCACUUUGGCUUACAUUGCAUAAACCAUCUUCUUCUUCCAACCGUACAGAACUGGCUCCGUCAAAUAGCCAAUGUCAAUACGCACUGGGAUAGCGUCAUGCCUAAUUUCAAGCAGUACUGUGGGAUGACGACUGAUACCAUUGUCAUUUACUUGCACCACUUACAACAAAUAAACGUUGAAAGAUCUACGACAGACGAAAAGGGUGAUCCCGUAGAUAUUCAACCUUUCGAAAGUGUCGAAGCCACAUUCGCAUUGAAGCAAAUGUUGUUGAUACUUGUUGAAUGCAUAGCGCAGCCACAGGAACCCGUAGCUAGAUUGGGUGCAUCAUGCAUAAGACAUAUUAUUUUGACAUCGGGGCAUCUGCUUACGGAUAACCAAUGGGAAAUAGUCUGCACAAGUCUUCACAGAGCAUGUAAUGUUAGUUUGACUCCCCUCAAACAACUCACUUAUGCAUUCAAGGAGAACUCCAACAGUUUCUAUGGUGACUUAGCUAUGGUCAAAGUGGCUGCUAGACGAGAUUGCUCUGUCAAUGAUAACGUUCGACUACACGCAAUGGCCCAACAAGUUUUCUUGACUGAUCACCUGAAAGGAGAUGGUCAUGUAAAACUUACACCCAAAAAUUCUUCACAAAACUUGAUGUUGAUUGAUGACAGAAGUUACAUCUUCUUAAUUUACCUCCAAGAAACUAUGACUUCUCUAAAUCCCGAGCUAUACACGAUUAGAAUCCCACACAGAGGACUAGUUGUUGGCCUAUUAGCACAUCAGAUACUGGUUCAAAUAAUCGCUACAGUGCUCAUUCAGGCUUCCUCCGACGUUUUUCAAGGAAUCAACGGUAUUCUUUUGGAGAGUUUGAAGUCUGGCUCCAAUGUUUGUAACUACAAGUUCUUCCUGAAUGAUCAAAAUACAGAAUUGUUGUUAAAGAGUCUAGAACUGUCGUACGUAAGAGCGAUGCAAUUUGAUUCAAGACCGGGAUUAAAAUUCCUUGUUCAAAAAGUUUCAAACUUGGACAACGCAGCGAAUCUUUAUAAACAGACGACUUCAUCAUGGUUAAUUAAAAUUAUUGCGCUUACAGAAAUAUUUUUCAGUGGAGUGCACAGAUUUAAAUUAAAGUCAACUGAUAUAUCAAUAAUUCUGCACAAUUACACGACCACUCUCAAUCUAACCCUUGAGUACGAUCGGUUUAUAACAAAAAUAUUCGAUUUGAAAACUACGUGGGAGUUGAUCUGCAAUAACUAUGUGAAGCAACUUAUCAAUGUUACUGAUUUUGAUGAACCGGAGCAUGUUCACAAGAUACGAAUGUCGUUUAGUUCAGAUGACUCCGACUCCUCAUCAAAUCAUUACGAUCAAUUUUAUGCAAAUGACACUAACGGAAAUCAAGAAGUUAACAAUCAACCAGCAUCUCCUACCAAAACUCCAGAUGACACUGCAACUCAAGAAAAUGUUGAAAGGUCACCAGAAAAACCUAAGCCUUUUACUUUCGCGGAUUUCAAAGUGAACAGUCAAGCGUCAAUAAACGUCGAAAGUGUACACAAUUCUCAAGCGGCAUCUCCUCAUGAUGAUAAUGUAAAUGUUUCUGAUGAUGAAAGCACAAAAGUUUUGAAUGAUAAUGGUAAUUGCGAUAACGAUACUAAAACAGACGAUUACAUAAAUGAAGAUCGUCAUAGUCCACUAAAGGAAAAUAAAUUGAGCGCAUCUGAUGCUUUGGACAGUCACAUAGUCGCACGCAAAGUGAACAUUACUAUGUGCGACGCUCCAUCAUAUGACAAGACUAAGAAUGUAGAACCUAUUAUUCCGCCUCAACCAGUUCCUCCUGAAAUUGAACAGCAAAGAGCUUUGAGUAUAAGUAAGGAUACAGAUGUGCAACGACAUUGCUUCCAAAACAUCCUUAUGGCAUACCUGGAGCUGAUCCUGACGUUCCCGCUGGAAAGGUUCCAGCUGAUCACUCCGGUCUUGCAAAAUGGGUUCAUGCAGCUCUCGAAAACUGUCACGGAUCCACAAUUACUCGAUAGAAUAAAUAUAUUUUUCGAUAAAAAAGACUUAUCCGAAUUUAAUUAUAAGUGAUCAAUUAUUGUGAUGAUAUAAACUCACGCUAUUAUAUUAUUAUUAUAUUCCUCGACUAUUCAGUGUUAUGUGCGAAAUAAAAUCAAAGUAUAUUGGAU